GCUCUCUGUGUCACGUGAGACGAAGGCAAGAUUCUAAGAUGGGUGAUAUUGAGAAGGGCAAGAAGAUUUUUGUCCAGAAGUGUGCUCAGAGCCAUAUCGUGGAGAAGGGAGGCAAGCACAAGACCGGGCCCAAUUUUCACGGUCCGUUUUGGCUAAAGACAUGUCAGACCGCUGGAUUCUCUUACAUUGAUGCCAACAAGAACAAAGGAAUCACCUGGAAUGAUGACACGCUGAUGGAGUAUUUGGAGAAUCCCAUGAAGUACAUCCCUGGAACAAAAAUGAUCUUCGCUGGCAUUAGGAAGAAGACCAAGAUGGCAGAGUUGAUAGCUUACCUCAAAAAAGUUACUAAUGAAUAA